AAUUUGUAAACAGUGGGUUGUUUAACACAAUAAUUAGUACGGCUGCCGUCGCGAAUGAAAAUACAUUCAGUGCUGAAGACAAUCAACAAAAGCUGUUAUGGAUUUUACUCGUGCCGGAAUGUUUGAUGCUAUUCGGUUUCCAAACACUAUCUUGGAGUGUCUCGUGCUAGUGUCGAAAUGAACUGGACGUUUCAGUGACAUAAUUCUGUGAUAUUUGGUGAUUGUGCUCUAAUAUACAAACAUUUGUUCAAACUUUUCUUAUCCAGCAUGUUAUUCGAGUGCAGAAAGGGUGAUUUAUGGAAAUUAUGCAAGAACGUCAUUUAAUAUUUAGUUUAUUUUAUUAUAUCACAUGGAUAUCGAUUUUACUUGGAACGCAGGUGGGGGCCCACCUCAAAGAUGUCCUGAAUCCUGUGAACGUAGAAUUGGACGCGUGGCACCAACGCGACACAAGGGUCGCGAUCCGCUCCAAUGAACGCCUUGCCUGUGAGAGGCCUAAUAUUUAUAUUUGUGAGGAGCCACCAGAAACGGUCCCACCAGAUGCAAGGAAGACCUGCAACUACCGCAAUGUGCGUUACCACGAGCAGGUGUUCCGAUGGGUGGCUGGACGAGGAUGCCUGUUGUAUACUCCAGACUUUCUCUACGUUGGAGGGGUCAACAAUUUCAACCUGAAUGCUGGCUGCUUCUAUGGAAACUGGUUCGCACCAUGCUUGGAAAUCGCUAAAGAAGACGGCUCAUGUGGCUGCUAUCCCUUUGACCCUGGUUUAGAGGAGGUAGCUGCAGCCGUUCACGACGCAUUGAUACCAGCAGCGCAAGGAAGAUGGGAACGAUGCUUCUACGCUGCCACCGACUGCUGCAGCCAUUACAUGCCCGAGAAUCUUAAUACUACUAUAAAUCGCAAUCGAUGUGAGCCCACGUUUGACGGAUGGACUUGCUGGCCCGAAGCUCCAGUGGGGACCGUGGCCACAGAAGUCUGUUCCGAGUUUGCUUACUCCAAUAGUGGGCCUUCUUGUCAUCACUACAGCAGCAAACAAUGCCACAGGAACGCGUCCUGGGAACUUCAAACAGACUACAGUACCUGCAGCAUCACCCCUCGCCUAGUCCGUAGAUACCAGUACUACAUCAUUGUCCUGUCCAUCUCCAUCGCCGCCUGCCUCCCCGCAGUCUUCAUAUUCUGCUUCUACAAAAGACUCAGAAUACCUCGCGUCGUGUUACACAGAAAUCUUCUUAUUGCUAUCGUAAUAAGGAAUGCACUGGUUAUUGUCAGCCGAAGUGAGAUCUACAUAGACGAGCUAACAAGUGCAGGAGAGACAGUUAUGUCGACACACGGGAUUGCAUGCCGCAUCCUAGCAUUUGCCGAGAGAGUUGCGGGCAACGCCGUGUUCGUGUGCAUGCUUGUCGAAGGGAUCUACUUGCAUCGCUCUAUCGUCGCCGUUUUCAAACAGAAGCUGAAGAUUAAAUGGCUGUAUGGUGCUGGAGCUGUGAUAGCCCUAACCCCAGCAAUAUCAUGGGCGGCAGUGAUGGCAGUCCACAACGACCACUCGUGCUGGCUGGUGUACACUGUGCCACACAUACAGUGGAUCCUCGACGUGCCUCGCAUCGCCAUCUUACUGAUCAACACCAUACUCUUCAUCGAUAUCUUGAGAGUACUGCUCACGAAGAUCAGGAACUCCGAGAAUGCUAAUCAAUUGAGCACAGCAAAAACAACCUUAUUCCUGAUGCCUUUGUUCGGCACGCAGUUCUUACUGACUGCCUUCAGACCGAGCACUUCCAACUGCCUUGAGGAACAGAUCUAUUACUACGUGUCCUAUACCUUAGAGGGGCUGCAGGGCUUCAUCGUCGCCAUGCUUUACUGCUACAUUAAUAAAGAGGUCCGUGGAUUAAUUAAAGCAACAUACAGAAAGACUGAAAGUGCAGUUGUUUCCCGGAUACGAAGAGAUUCCUCAUACCCUCGUUCGAGUCAGGGUUCGGAUAGAAGAAUUACCUGCAGUACAGGAAUACCGUCUAAUGCGGCAGAGGAAUCGAAAGACCAAUACGCGACCAUAAGGCCUAAGUUACACGUCGCUGAAAUCAUAUCGAUACAAGCGAGUGAACGACUAGCUGAGAUUCUAGAACCAGUGUACGAAACUAUACAAAAUGGAGUCACCAACGAAGGGUACGACUCAUUAGACAGAUCCGACUUAGACAAUGACUCAGGCUUCAUAGCCAAUAGAGAUUUCAAAGUAGAAGAUUACUACGGUUUCACGAACGCGUCGAGCGUCUCCAUUGACUGUCAAGACUGGAUCCGCUGCGUCUCAUCACCGUCCAGUAGCGUUUACAACAACUCCUUGAACGAUUACGAAACAAAAUAUUUAGAGAAAAAAUUCCCAAAUCAUUCCAAACUUCGUGGCAUUUGUGAGGUUCGCGAAAAGAAUUCGGAUCAAAUAAUUGCGAAUUGGAAUUGUAUGGAGUAUGCGGCUGCGCAAUCGCAGCCAUCUAACGAAGAUGUUAAGAAAGAGAUCGGCCGUGAGAGGGCGCCCGUCCCCGGCGCGGGCGGCGCGAAGCCGACCGACGACGGCGACUACGACGACUGCGAGAACAUGUUCGAGGAGAUCAUGCAAUACAUAGAGACCACCGACAAUACUAAUGCUAAUACUAAUACUAAAGUCUCAUUAGACCCCAAUUGUCUUGCACCGAACCGUCGCGACGGCGAUAGAAUUGUAUUUCUAGAUGAAUAAAUCACUCACUUACAACUUGUUAACAUUAGAUAUCACGAAAUCCAUUUUGUUUUCAUAUCUGCUGCGGUAGAUGAUUGUAAAUGUUUUAGAUAACACUAUCAGUAUUUCCUGAAAUCAACACAAUUUUUUAUGUAUUUUAAAUUAAUCGCUUUAAAUUAGGUAGUAAGCGCAUUCCAUUUUAAUUUUAAUUUGCUAUUUUAUUAAGCUACUACUCGUGCCUGCUAAGGUACCAAACAUUAGCGGAACAAUUAACUUUUUUAUAUAUCUGAGAACUGAUUAAUGUUAAUUUCGUUCAGUUUUAUAUCCUUAAUUAAUCUUAAACAAAACUGUAAAACGUUUAACUUAUCACUAUUAUUAUCUUACUAUAAAAAAUAUAUGAAUACACAUUACGCAUCAGAAA